AUGAACUUCCACGUCCCGACCCGACGCCAUUCCCCUUCCAUUAACCGCUACCUCUCUCCCCACCCCUACCCACCGCCCUCCCAAUCCUCCUCCGACGCCGAACUCGACGAACGCGACAUCUUCACCACCGACAUUUUGCCAUCGAACCACCACCACAACAACAACACCGGUAACAAUAACAACCCUAAAACAACAAACUUUUCCGAAAGUUUUGGAAUUCAAGCUGCGCUACUGGAAUCUCCGACUAAUUCUCAUUCUUGUUGCCACAAAGCGUCGAUUCCGAGUCCACGCACGAUCCCUAGUGUUCCGAAACCGCAGCACGAGCGAUUAGGGUUCUGGAGAUUUCAACAUCAGAGUGCGCCGGUGAACGUGCCAAUUCUGGCGACGGUUAUGAAGAAAAAUAAUUUUGAUGAGACCGAUGAGGAUGAAGAUGCGAAUGGUGAGUUGGUGGCGCCGCACGAGAUUGUGGCGCGGACGCAUUCGAUGGUGCUGGGGAGCUCGGUGGUGGAAGGGGUUGGACGGAUGCUCAAAGGGAGAGACUUGAAACAGGUUAGAAAUGCGGUUUGGGGGAGAAUGGGUUAUAUGGAUUGA